UUAUAGGUCCGGAUUUAUGCGUGCUAAAUAGCAAGGUGCUAGCCAAUAAACCUUUCGCUUUUACGAUCAAACUAUCAAUCGAUUGGCUAACGAUUGGCGUCGUCGCAUCCUAUGUACAAUAGCCCUUAUAAUAACACGGGCCACGGGCUUUCUACGCAUCAUUUCCGUUUUCGACUUGGAAUCGAGUAGGUUUGAGCAAAACACGUGUGCGAGACGAAAAGGGAUCUUUUGGAUCUUUUUCUUCGAGAAAUACCGGAAUUUAAGAAUAUAAAGCGUAUCUGGAGUUGAUCUUUUUGAGAUUACAUCGUCUGCAUUCUAUAUUUCUAUAGAGAUCAAAUAUUAUUAACAUGGAAAACGGUAAAGAGGAAACAAGUGCCGAUUGUUUGAACGGGGACGCCGUCGAGGAGGUUAAUAAAGUGCCGACUGUUGACGCUGAAAGUAAAAACGAUGAAGUAAAAUCGACCGCGGAAAUUUCGGAGAAUAUUAACGCUGAAGUAGAGGUCGAUAAAACUGUUGACGCUGCGGACAAUGUGAGCAAAGAAGCUGAAGAAAAACCGUCUGCGGAACUUUUGAAAAAGAUCAAGGAACAAAUAGAGUAUUACUUUGGUAAUGUAAAUAUGCAGAGGGAUAAAUUUCUCAUUGAACAAACAAAACUAGACGCAGGCUGGAUUCCCAUGACUGUUAUGUUAAACUUCAAGAUGUUAGCUCAUCUUAGCAAAAAUGUUGAUGUAAUUCUGAAGGCUCUGGAAAGUAGCGAUCUCAUAGAGAUUUCUGAAGAUAGGAAGAAGAUACGGCGAUCGCCAAAUUAUCCUUUACCAGAAUAUAAUGAAGAAUAUAGAAAAGCUCAAGAGGCCAGAACAGUUUAUGUUAAAGGAUUCCCAUUAACUUCAAAUAUUGAUAAGCUAAAAGUAUUUUUUGAACCAUACAAACCAUUUGAAACAAUUGUGAUGAGGAAAUAUCAAGAUCGUAAAGAUAAAGUUUUUAAGUUCAAAGGUUCUGUUUUUGUACAAUUUGAAACUUUGGAUGAUGCAAAAGCUUUCAUGAAUGUAGAAUCUAUAAAAUAUGAAGAUACUGAAUUAAUAAGAAAAUGGGCUGCAAAUUACAAUGCAGAAAAAGCUCAAGAAAGGGAACAGAGGAAAAAGAAAGCAACUACUGCAGGAAAAAAGGAAAUUGAAGUUGAUAAAUCAGAUCAGACAGCAGAAGCAGAUAGUGUAGAUACUAAUAUACCUACUAAUACAGAUAGUAUAGAUAAUAAAUUGCCAAAAGGUUCCAUUAUUUACUUUUCUGGUGUUUCUAAGAUAUGUACAAGGGAAGAUAUAAAAGAAUCUUUAAAUAAAUUUGAUGUUGAUAUCGCAUAUAUUGAUUUUCGAAGAGGAGAUACAGAAGGAUGGGUACGUCUGCAAAGAGAAAAUGCUGCAAAAUCUUUGUUAGAAAAGACAAAAGAAGGAAAGGUGCUAAUUAACGAAGUUGAGGUUACUUGCAAAGUUCUUGAAGGUGAGGAGGAGGACAAGUAUCUGACAAAAACAUUGGAAGAGAUGGCAGCGUCGAAAAAGAAAUUUAGCAAGGGGAAACGAAGCGGAAAGAAAGGACGUAACGCACGAGGAGCAAAAAGGAGAAAUAAUAGUCCCACUCCUAAUGCAGUUCCAGCCAAGAAAGUGGCUCUUGAGUAAGAUGGAUUCAUUGGACUUACAAGGCAUAUAAUGUAUAUUACACUGUAUUUUCAAUAUAUUGACAAGUUGUAUAGAAGAGAAACAAUGAAUUAUGGGUAACAUACUUUAUUACAUUUAGAAAUUAUUAGAAGCUGAUUUAAUAUCUAAGUUUUCUUUUCUUUAUUCAUUAUAUUUUCCCUCGAUGUGAUAUAAGAUACUUUGAAAAUAAAUUUGUCUAUAUUUGUUACAUAACAUUCAUUCAAUUAAUACUUCACCUCGAUUGAAAGUUCAACAGAUGAUAUGAUUGAUAGGUAAAAAUCGCGUGUAUCUUUAUAAAUUGGCAUUUAUUGUUGUACAGUGAAAUUUACAAAUUGAUUUUCUAAACUAUAACACGCAUUUAAAUUUCACUGCCGUUUUAUAUGUCGAUACUAUCAUAACACAAGUAUCACAACGUGUUGUCAAAUAUCAGACCAUUCGCGAAUAAUUACUUUGAAAAAUUACACAUAAUAACGUACAUACGUACUUAAAAUUAUUGUGUAAUCGACAAUACGAUCGAUUUUA